GGCGUCGCGGGGGUUAACGCGGGGCGGGGCGAGGCGGCGGGCGGAGCCGGCGCGGCCGCGGGCCAGGCGCCGAGGUGCGCGCGGAGCGAGGUGGCUGCAGCGUCUCCGCGCGCGGCCCAAGCCCGGCAGAAGCGCGGAACCGCCGCCUCGGCCAUGCGGCUCCCGGCCGGGGGGCCUGGGCUGGGGCCCGCGCCACCCCCCGCGCGCCGCCCCCGCUGAGCCUGCGCCCGGUCCGGGGCGCCUCCCGCCCGGCACCAUGGUGCAGAAGUCGCGCAACGGCGGCGUGUACCCCGGCCCAAGCGGAGAGAAGAAGCUGAAGGUGGGCUUCGUGGGGCUGGACCCCGGCGCGCCCGACUCCACCCGGGACGGGGCGCUGCUGAUCGCCGGCUCCGAGGCCCCCAAGCGCGGCAGCAUCCUCAGCAAACCUCGCGCGGGCGGCGCGGGCGCCGGGAAGCCCCCCAAGCGCAACGCCUUCUACCGCAAGCUGCAGAAUUUCCUCUACAACGUGCUGGAGCGGCCGCGCGGCUGGGCGUUCAUCUAUCACGCCUACGUGUUCCUCCUGGUUUUCUCCUGCCUCGUGCUGUCUGUGUUUUCCACCAUCAAGGAGUAUGAGAAGAGCUCGGAGGGGGCCCUCUACAUCCUGGAAAUCGUGACUAUCGUGGUGUUUGGCGUGGAGUACUUCGUGCGGAUCUGGGCCGCAGGCUGCUGCUGCCGGUACCGUGGCUGGAGGGGGCGGCUCAAGUUUGCCCGGAAGCCGUUCUGUGUGAUUGACAUCAUGGUGCUCAUCGCCUCCAUCGCGGUGCUGGCCGCCGGCUCCCAGGGCAACGUCUUUGCCACAUCUGCGCUCCGGAGCCUGCGCUUCCUGCAGAUUCUGCGGAUGAUCCGCAUGGACCGGCGGGGAGGCACCUGGAAGCUGCUGGGCUCUGUGGUCUAUGCCCACAGCAAGGAGCUGGUCACUGCCUGGUACAUUGGCUUCCUUUGUCUCAUCCUGGCCUCGUUCCUGGUGUACUUGGCAGAGAAGGGGGAGAACGACCACUUUGACACCUACGCGGAUGCACUCUGGUGGGGCCUGAUCACGCUGACCACCAUUGGCUACGGGGACAAGUACCCCCAGACCUGGAACGGCAGGCUCCUGGCGGCGACCUUCACCCUCAUCGGCGUCUCCUUCUUCGCGCUGCCUGCGGGCAUCUUGGGGUCUGGCUUUGCCCUGAAGGUUCAGGAGCAGCACAGGCAGAAGCACUUUGAGAAGAGGCGGAACCCGGCAGCAGGCCUGAUCCAGUCGGCCUGGAGAUUCUACGCCACCAACCUCUCGCGCACAGACCUGCACUCCACGUGGCAGUACUACGAGCGCACGGUCACCGUGCCCAUGUACAGUUCGCAAACUCAAACCUACGGGGCCUCCAGGCUCAUCCCCCCGCUGAACCAGCUGGAGCUGCUGAGGAACCUCAAGAGUAAAUCUGGACUCGCUUUCAGGAAGGAACCCCCGCCGGAGCCGUCUCCAAGUAAAGGCAGCCCGUGCAGAGGGCCCCUGUGUGGAUGCUGCCCCGGACGCUCUAGCCAGAAGGUCAGUUUGAAAGAUCGUGUCUUCUCCAGCCCCCGAGGCAUGGCUGCCAAGGGGAAGGGGUCCCCGCAGGCCCAGACUGUGCGGCGGUCACCCAGCGCCGACCAGAGCCUCGAGGACAGCCCCAGCAAGGUGCCCAAGAGCUGGAGCUUUGGGGACCGCAGCCGGGCACGCCAGGCUUUCCGCAUCAAGGGUGCCACGUCACGGCAGAACUCAGAAGAAGCAAGCCUCCCUGGAGAGGACAUUGUGGAUGACAAGAGUUGCCCCUGCGAGUUUGUGACCGAGGACCUGACCCCGGGCCUCAAAGUCAGCAUCAGAGCCGUGUGUGUCAUGCGGUUCCUGGUGUCCAAGCGGAAGUUCAAGGAGAGCCUGCGGCCCUACGACGUGAUGGACGUCAUCGAGCAGUACUCAGCCGGCCACCUGGACAUGCUGUCCCGAAUUAAGAGCCUGCAGUCCAGGAUAGAUAUGAUUGUGGGUCCCCCACCCCCUUCAACUCCCCGGCACAAGAAGUACCCCACCAAAGGACCCACGGCCCCUCCGAGAGAGUCACCCCAGUACUCACCUAGAGUGGACCAGAUCGUGGGGCGGGGCCCAGCAAUCACGGACAAGGACCGCACCAAGGGCCCGGCCGAGGCGGAGCUGCCCGAGGACCCCAGCAUGAUGGGACGGCUCGGGAAGGUGGAGAAGCAGGUCUUGUCCAUGGAGAAGAAGCUGGACUUCCUGGUGAAUAUCUACAUGCAGCGGAUGGGCAUCCCCCCGACAGAGACCGAGGCCUACUUUGGGGCUAAAGAGCCGGAGCCGGCGCCACCGUACCACAGCCCGGAAGACAGCCGGGAGCAUGUUGACAGGCACGGCUGCAUUGUCAAGAUUGUACGCUCCAGCAGCUCCACGGGCCAGAAGAACUUCUCGGCGCCCCCGGCUGCGCCCCCUGUCCAGUGUCCGCCCUCCACCUCCUGGCAGCCACAGAGCCACCCACGCCAGGGCCACGGCACCUCCCCCGUGGGGGACCACGGCUCCCUGGUGCGCAUCCCACCGCCGCCUGCCCACGAGCGGUCACUGUCAGCCUACGGCGGGGGCAACCGCGCCAGCAUGGAGUUCCUGCGGCAGGAGGACGCCCCGGGCUGCAGGCCCCCCGAGGGGACCCUGCGGGACAGCGACACGUCCAUCUCCAUCCCGUCCGUGGACCAUGAGGAGCUGGAGCGUUCCUUCAGCGGCUUCAGCAUCUCCCAGUCCAAGGAGAACCUGGAUGCUCUCAACAGCUGCUACGCGGCCGUGGCGCCUUGUGCCAAAGUCAGGCCCUACAUCGCGGAGGGAGAGUCAGACACGGACUCCGACCUCUGUACCCCGUGCGGGCCCCCGCCACGCUCGGCCACCGGCGAGGGUCCCUUUGGUGACGUGGGCUGGGCCGGGCCCAGGAAGUGAGGCAGUGCUGGGCCAGUGGACCCGCCCACAGCCCUCCUCCGCACGGUGCCUCUGAGGUUUUGAGGCGGGAACCCUCUGGGGCCUUUUUCUUACAGUAACUGAGUGUGGCGGGAAGGGUGGGCCCUGGAGGGGCCCAUGUGGGCUGAAGGAUGGGGGCUCCUGGCAGUGACCUUUUACAAAAGUUAUUUUCCAACAGGGGCUGGAGGGCCGGGCAGGGCCCUGUGGCUCCGGGAGCAGCGCGCGGGAGCAAGGCCGCCCUGUCUACUCUGCUCAGGGCCCCGGCAGACAUCAGCCCGGUGUGAGGAGGAGCGGGAGUGAUGACGGGGUGUUGCCAGGAUGGCGACGGGCGGGGGGUGGUCUCAGCCGAGCCCAGGGGAGGCACAAAGGGCAGGACUGUUCCGUGAGGACCUGCGGCCUUGGGGCCUGGUGGGGUUUCCGGGCAGCUACAGGCGGGUGUGGCCAGCCGCUGUGCGUGGCCUCUGCCCUCACACCUGACCUGCCCUCACACCUGACCUGCCCGGCGGACUUUCCCGUCCCCCACCUCGGGCGCCCAAAUACAGAGCUGUUGGUCGGCA